ACCAGCAGAGGUCAUGGGGGCGCGGGAGAAGGCUGUGGCCACCAUCUGUGGUAUUCUGCUUCUGUCGGCAGCCUCCGUCGUCGCCGCGCCCGAUGACUGCCCCAGGUGCAGCAAAGAACCGGACCGCCGACGUCUCGCCUGUACUGUUCAGCCCCGGCUGCGGGCUGACGUGGGUGAUCGACUGCGCCGCCGACCUGCCCGGCCGCUGCGGUCACGAGCGCCGCUGCCCGGCCGACACCACGUGCUGCCCCACGGUCAACUGCCCGGCUGUGGGCGUGUGCCGUGGCGCGGGCAGCAGGGAGGCGCUCUCGGCGCGCUCCCUGUACGCGGCGCCGCUCUGCCUGUCGGGCGCCGCCUGCCACGAACUGGGCGCCUGCCCGGCCGACGCCGCCUGCCAUCCCGCCUGCCAGCCGACGGAGGCGUGCUUGCUGCACCGGGACGAGCCGGCGCCGCGCUGCUUCCAAGCCGCCCACCUGUGUCGCCUGUACGGCGCGUGCGACGGCACGCCCUGCCCCCAGCCCACCGCCGCCGUCGCGGUGAGCAUGCAGUGUCCCGAGGCGGGCGUCGUGUGCAACGUGGUCGACGGACCGCCCGUCUGUCGCCGCAACGACUGCCGCGGCGGCCUGGCCUGUUACGUCUCGGCGCUGCUGGGACGGGAGUGCAUCGACUUCGCUCCGUGCAGUCGCACGAGCUGCCCGGCCGGCCUGACGUGCCGUGAGCAGCAGCCGUUCUGCCUCCGCGCGCCCUGUCCACCAGUGGCCGUGUGCAGCCCCGGCGGUCAGCAGGAGCCGAUGUUCCCUUGCCGCCGCAUGACCUGCCCGUCCGGACUGCGCUGCACGCUGGCCGCCGGCGCUGCUGGCCAGCCCGCCGCCCUCUGUGUGCCUGAGGCAGAGCCGUGUGUACCCGCUGAAGCAUGACUUGCAGUCCCGCCUGACUCCGAUCGCUUCAAUAUCCAGGCACCUGAGUGUUCGCGGUUUUUCGGCGAACGCGUCUCUCCAUGUUCGGGAGUGAAAGAACUGGGAUGCGACAUUGGUUUCACCGAAUGUAAUGCCCGAAAUUUGCUGAGUGGCCAUGACAGAAAAUUUGUUUUCCAUAUGACCUAGAGAUCAUGUGGCAAACAACGUCAAGAGAUCUCGAAGAGCUGCAAGAUAGUUAUGUUUCGUAUGCGUCUUGCAGCCCACGCCCAGUGCAGCUCUAGCUUGAUGGCUUCUUCCCAAGUGAAGUACCAUCAGCAACUUUUGAUGUUCUUUUGAACAAAAAUAAAGACCGUUUAUAACCAAA